ACGUAUAAAGCGCGUCAUGGGAUAUUCCGUGAAUAUUAUUGUCCGACAGAAUGUACCUCGUGCGGGCGGAAUAUCCUGCCGCAUUUUCCGUCCGUUAAGAGGUCCCUUAAAGAACACCCGUGAAGGGUGAAAAAGAAAUUUUCGGUGCUUCAUUUUUUCAGUGUGGGAAGAACGCGAGGGCGCGGGCGCGCGGGGGCGCGGCAUUGCCCGGAUCUGUGGCAACAGGCUGGCAUCCAUGGCGGCGAGGCUAGAUCUGGAUGGACAGGUGAUAGAGCCGCUCAAGAUUUGUAUGAUAGGAGCUGGGGGAUUCAUCGGCUCGCAUCUGUGCGAGAAGCUCAUGUGGGAGACGCAGCAUUCGGUGCUGGCGAUUGAUGUCUACAGCGACAAAAUCCAGCAUUUGCUGGAGCCAGGGCAAUCUUGGAGCAGCCGGAUUGAGUUCCACAGGAUCAAUAUCAAGCACGAUUCGCGGCUCGAGGGGCUUAUCAAGCUCGCCGACCUGACUAUCAAUCUAGCGGCAAUUUGCACACCGGCAGACUAUAACACGCGGCCGCUCGACACGAUCUACAGUAAUUUUAUUGACGCAUUGCCAGUGGUUAGAUAUUGCUCGGACAACAACAAGCGCUUGAUCCAUUUUUCUACGUGCGAAGUGUAUGGAAAAACGAUUGGAAGCUUUUUGCCCGAGGACAGUUCCUUGAGGAAGGACCCGAGUUACUACGUGCUUAAGGAGGACGAGUCUCCUUGCAUUUUUGGCCCGAUUGAGAAGCAGCGAUGGUCGUAUGCUUGUGCAAAGCAGCUGAUCGAGCGUGUCAUCUAUGCCGAGGGAGCAGAGAACGGCCUUGAAUUCACAAUCGUACGUCCCUUCAACUGGAUUGGGCCACGGAUGGAUUUUAUUCCCGGGAUCGAUGGGCCAAGCGAAGGCGUACCAAGAGUUUUGGCUUGCUUCAGUACGAACUUGCUCAAGAGCGAGCCUCUAAAGCUCGUCGAUGGUGGACAAUCACAACGGACGUUCGUCUACAUCAAGGAUGCCAUUGACGCGGUGAUGCGUAUGGUGGAAAAUCCACAACGAGCAAAUGGUUACGUGUUCAACGUCGGCAACCCAGACAAUGAAGUCACAGUUAGAGAACUUGCUCUGAUGAUGACCGAGGUGUACACAAAAGUUAGCGGCAGGCCGCAGCUGGACGAGCCCACAAUCGACGUGAGCUCGAAGGAGUUUUACGGGGAGGGAUAUGAUGACAGCGACAAGCGCAUUCCAGACAUGACGAUCAUCAAGAAGCAACUGGAGUGGGAACCCAAGACAUCUCUGUUCGAUCUCUUGGAAUCGACGCUGACUUACCAGCACAAGACUUAUGCCCGAGCGAUGCAGCAACUAUUGUCCAAGUCCCUCCCCACCGCCUAGUAAGAUCUCCAAGAGCUUUCACUCUCAUUCUUAGCUACAUACAUAAGGAUACGUAACUUCGAUGCUUAGAUGAUUUCAUUCGAAGAGAGCAGGCUAUGGCUUUGUCGUCGCGAAGAGGAAGAAAGAAAGAAGCAAUAAAGCGUUUUUACAAAGAAUAAAAA